CCGUACUAAAUCGCGUGUGUAAAGAUUGACAUAACUGCUCCACGAUAACCAUUGAAAAUGCAAACAAAAGUUUGCUUUGAAAAUAUGUUAAACUAGUAAACUUGGGCUAAUAAAUCAAAAUGUAUAUUUUAAGGGGCAGCUUUCGGACAAAAGUUUGUUUCUGUAUUGCGUUGUUAACAUUAUACGGUUUGUUUUGCGUGGAGGGCGUUGAAUUCUCUAUAAAGAAACGGGUGCGAAGAAAGGUUUUAUUUACGAAAAGUAGUAAAUUUUUUUUUCGUUUGAAUGGAAAAGAUAAUGUAUUGAAUUAUACCACACUUAUAGCUCAUGGAUGGGGCUUUCGUAUAAAUUAUGAGUUGCCGUCAUCACUAAAUCAAAGAACAAGAUUUUUUAAGAGAGAUGUCCACAGUGAAGUUGAAAAUAUUCAAGAUCCGUUCAUUUCGAAAAUUGUGAACUGUGUAUUAAAACAAGUUUGCGGAGUAUUGUCUCAACCAUUCGCUCAAAAUUGUGGAAUAUUCUGUGGAAUUGGACGAAUUAUUGCUAGUUCGCAAGGCAUCGAAGCCGACUUUUUUAGGACCUUUGGGAAAAAAUGUCAGCUUUAUCAAGAAAGGUGUCCUGCCAGCUUUGAGAAAGCAUCCAUCUUCGGCUUUGGAUAUUAUUUUUUCAUUUGCAUACCUGUUUGUUCGUUUAGUUUUAUCAAAAUGAAAUUAUUAUGUGUUAUAUUUUUGUUUUUUAUUUUCAUUAUUGAAAACCAUUCUUUAACGUAUAAGGAUCAUCCUGUGCUCGAUACAAGUAAACAUCUUUUGUCAAGGCAAAAAAGAUGGCUAGUCUGGAAGCCAGGAACUAACUGGGUAUCUGUUAUUUUUGGUAUAGGUAUACCAGUAAAUGUACAAGCCCAGAGUAUAACCCUUGGGUGUGUAAUGAAAGCUUUCUAUCAGCUUCCAAACAAUAGCACAUAUUUUACGCAUCCAGAAUAUUAUUCAACUCUUACUAGAAAAACACGGUCCGCUACUAGAUGGAAGAUUUAUGAAAUGAUUGAAAAUUAUCUUAACAGAAAUAACUACCCAGAUGGAAAAGCGUGCCUUUUAAAAUCAAUAUGUGAAAUAUCCGCCGUACCUUUAGAACAAAAGUCCGGCCUCAUAGCUGAAAUUUUCCACAGCAUUUUUACGCCCUCGUCAACGGAUGAUAAAAUUGAAAAUCACGUUCACAACGAAUAUCAUGCAGCUGAGAAGUUAGGGAAGGAAGUAGAGAAUUGUGAUCAUAUAUUUCCAGAGUGCCCGAUUGACCCAGUUCAGCAGUUUUCCAAGUUUAUGACAGUUAAUAAAUUUAUGCGAUAGAGAUUGGAUAAAAUACAUUAUUUAAAACCGA